GCCCGCCCCUAGCCAGUGGUUCUCCACGCACCCAGCAUCCAGCGAGAGUCGCAGCGCGCCGACGGAGCGGACAUGGGCAAAGCGAUGGUGGCCAGGCUCGGACUGGGGCUGCUGCUUCUGGCGCUGCUCUUACCCACGCAGAUUUAUUCAAAUCAAACAACUGCCAGAACACUUUCAAGUAACUCCACCCAGAGUACCUCGGCUGCCCCAAGUACAACUAAUGUCACCACCCCAGGAGGUGGUGCCCUGCAGUCUACAGCCAGCCUCCUCGUGAUCUCACUCUCCCUUUUACAUCUUUACUGCUAAGAGACUCAGGUCAAGAAACAUCUAUGCUUCCCCAUCUUCUGAACCCAACCCAAAUGGCAUCUGAAGUCCAGUGUGGCAAGGAGAAAACAGGUCUUCAUCGAAUCUACUGGUUCUACACCUUAUUGAUACAGAAAAUGUUGAGAAUCCCAAAUUUGACUGGUUUGAAGAACAUGUGAAGGAUUUGACUAGAUGAUGAAGGCCAAUAUUAAUUCUGCUGGAGUUUUAUGUAGAAGACAAAGACAGACAACAUCCAAAAUGAAGAGAGGAUUUCCUUAAAUGUGACUU